GGCAGUAGUGUACCAGUAAGCCGUCUGUGAGCCGCCGUAAAAACGAAAAGAAGAAGGAGACGAACCUUGAUGUACGACCUGUUUCUCUCGCUUUCUUUAUGUAACAUCACACGUUCCCCUUCUUGAAUUAGUACCGAACCUACGUAAGUCUCGACCGAGUACGUCAGUUAGUGCUUUAGUGUCCUCAAACAUCAUACCUUCAGUUUUGGUUCACGUCGAAGGCUUUUAGGACUCGCUAGUCCGGUUUAGCUUAGCUUGCUAGCCGCCAACAAAGAGACACGUUCGUGCAGUCAGGUCCUCGCAAAGUAUCGGUCAACACAGAUCAAGUGUGAACGCGUCGGGAUUCUCGUGCGAAAAUGUGUGCAAGACCAACAGCGAGGUACGCAAAGGAGUUUAGUGGAAUCAAAGAGGAGAAGGAACCUCAACCGCUGGACGCUGUUUGUAAACAACCACGUGGUGUGUUUCACGUAACAGACGUCAGUGAAAAAUACCUUCAUCCUUGGCAAAAGGAGGCAGAUUCCCUCCACAUAAAAACAGAGAAGGAAGAGCACUCGAUUGUUAAAGAGGAAGCAAAGGAGCCCCAUCAGAUUAAAAAGGAGCCAGAAACCCAUCUUCUGAAACAGGAAGUAGAGGAUGAUCUCACCAACUCAGCGUCAUACUUUGUCCCUCUGAAGAGUGAAGAUGAAGCCAAGAGUCAGUGUGAGGAGAAGGGAGGGGUGGCGCCUCCAAGCAGCAGCUCAAGUCAACCCACAGCAACAGAAGGUGAUGGAGAGCAAGAUGGAAGAUCCCAGGCAGAUGGUGACAAUAGAACCUCACAAUCUCCUGACGUAGAUGAUGGCCAUGGUGAGGAUGAUUAUGAUGAUGAUGAUGAUGAGGAGGAGGAGGACUAUAACUAUGAAGAUGAUGGUGAUGAGGACUAUAACUAUGAAGAAGAUGGUGAUGAGGACUAUAACUCUGAAGAUGAUCGUGAUGAACCGUCUGAAGAUGAUAUGGCACGUGAGUACAAAGCCUGGAAAUGUAUUCAUUGUGGGAAAACAGGUAGAUUAAAGGGGGGUUUGAAAGUUCAUAUGAAGCUACAUACUGGAGAGAAACCUUACAUGUGCUCAGUUUGUGGCAAAAGCUUCAAUCGCAAGUCAACUUUAACAUCACAUACAAGACAACAUACUGGAGAGAAAGCUUACGUCUGCUCAGUUUGUGGCAAAGGCUUUAAUUUCAAGGAAGGUUUAAUAAGACAUACAAGACACCAUACUGGAGAGAAACCUUUUGUCUGUUCAAUUUGUGGCGAAAGCUUCUAUCUCAUGUCAGGUUUAACAACACACACAAGAAAGCAUACUGGAGAGAAACCUUACAUGUGCUCAAUUUGUGGCAAAAGUUUCUUUGAUAGGUCAACUUUAACAUCACACACAAAAACACACACUGGACAGAAACCUUUUGCUUGCUCUCUUUGUGGUAUAAGAUUCUCUCAAAAGAACGCUUUGGCAAGACACAAAAAAACACACACUGGAGAAAAACCUUAUCCUUGUUCAGUUUGUGGCAAAAGAUUCACUCAGAAUGGAAACUUAAAAAUUCACACAAGAAUACACACUGGUGAAAAACCUUUUAAAUGCUUAAUUUGUGGCGAAAGUUUCACUGUAAAGUCAAGUUUAAUAUCUCACACAAGAACACACACUAAAGAGAAACCUUUUGUCUGCUCAGUUUGUGGUCUAAGAUUCUCUCAAAAGGGUCAGUUAGGAAAACAUGAAAAGACACUUGGGCCACCAGAACCGUUGUUCGACGACCAAGCACGUCUUCGCCAUGCCCGGGUGGCAGACCGUCUUAUUGGUGUGGACCCAGUCAAUGACAUCACCCUGCAGCGAUGGUACCACAAACAGGUGACCAGGAGGAGAACCAACGGGACCCGGCGUGUCCCUCAGGGCCUCCUUCACCCGUGUCUCGACUGCCCAGGUGAAACCGGACACGAAGCAGGGCUGCGGCAGGAUCGGAACACUUGCAGGCUCCGCGCGAUCCCCCUCGUGGAUCCGCGAGAGUGCGUCCGGUUUGCCAUUCUUAGAGCCUGGACGGAAAGACAAGGUGAAGUGAAAACAGAUGAAGAACAGAGCCCACCUGGCCUAACGAGCGUUCAGCCGCUUCACGGUCCUCAGAUAUUCCAGGUUGUUAUGACCGGUGAGGACCACAAACGGAACUUGCGACGUCUCCAGCCAAUGCCGCCACUCCUCCAUCGCCGUCUUGACCGCCACCAGCUCGCGGUCUCCCACGUCGUAGUUCCACUCCGCCAGGUCCGACGUGUCCACCUCGACCACGAACUGCCGAUCCGGGUCCGGCACUAUGAGAAUCGGCACGGUGGUAAAACUUGCCUUGAGCUUGUCGAAGGCCUCCUGACAGGUCCUGGUCUACUCGAAUGUGUUAUGUGGGGAUGUGAGAGCAUGCAGGGGGGCGGCAACGGAACUGAAGUUCCGUAUGAAUUUCCUGUAGAAGUUCACGAAGCCAAUGAACCGCUGCACGUCCUUCCUGCAAGUGGGAGUGGGCCACUGAAGGACGGCGUUGACCUUCCCGGGAUCCAUUCGAACCUCCCCUUCUACCAGGAUGAACCCCAGGAAGGACACAGAGGCUCGUCGAUGCAGGGCUGUAGCGAAGCGUCCUUUUUCUUAACAAAGAAGAACCCUGCACCGGCUGGUGAGGACGACGGGCUUAUGAGGCCGGCUGCCAGCAACUCCUCAACGUAUUUCCUCACGGCCUGGUGCUCUGGUCCUUUUAGAGAAAACAACUUCCCUCAAGGGGGUCUGCGUGCGGAGCGUGACCCAACAGAGGAACUUGCCGUUGGCAGCGUAAGCGUUGCGGAACCGCUGCGUCAGAAAGGUCGCUGCGCCCAACGCCUUGACCACACGGGGAUUGAUCAAGUGCUUCUCUGCCGGCCCGUCGAGGCCCUCCACCUGCAUGGGCUCCACCACGGAAGGAAGAGUAGGCGGCAGGGAAGCAGCCGGAACGGAUGCCCCCGUCCCUCCUUCUGCCUGCGCGUCCAUUUGUCCCUGGACGACAUGUCUUUGGUCGACCUUGAGUGCCAACACGAUGAAAGCGUCCAACGAGGAAGGGAGAUCCAAGGCGAUGAGGAGACCGCGGAUCUGUGGGGAGAGCACCUGGAAGAAGGCGUCAUGGAGGGCAUCCUCGUUCCAUCGGGUCUCGGCUGCCCGGAUCUGAAACUCGAUGGCGCACAGAUGAAGGCCAUCCAGGAACGACACGUCUCCGAGUUGCGGCUCCAUUCCGCCGUGGCCCACACUUCCGCCCUUCCCGUCAUAACGCGUCGGGAUUCCCGUGCGAAAAUGUGUGCAAGACCAACAGUAAGGUACGUGAAGGAGUUGAGUGGAAUAAAAGAGGAGAAGGAACCUCAACCGCUGGACGCUGUUUGCAACCAGCCUCGUGAUGCGUUGCACGUUGCAGACGUCAGUGAAAAAUACCUUCGUCCUCGGCAGGAGGAGCCAGAUUCCCUCCACAUAAAAACAGAGAAGGAAGAGCACUCGAUCGUUAAAGAGGAAGCAAAGGAGCCCCAUCAAAUUAAAAAGGAGCCAGAAACCCACCUUCUGAAAGAGGAAGUAGCGGAUGAUCUCACCAACUCACCGUCAUACUUUGUCCCUCUGAAGAGUGAAGACGAAGCCAAGAGUCAGUGUGAGGAGAAGGGAGGGGCGGAGCCUCCAAGCAGCAGCUCAGGUCAACCCACAUUAACAGAAGGUGAUGGAGAACAAGAUGGAAGAUCCCAGGCAGAUGGUGACAAUAGAACCUCACAAUCUCCUGACGUAGAUGAUGGCCAUGGUGAGGAUGAUUAUGAUGAUGAUGAUGAGGAGGAGGAGGACUAUAACUAUGAAGAUGAUGGUGAUGAGGACUAUAACUAUGAAGAUGAUAAUGAUGAGGACUAUAACUCUGAAGAUGAUAGUGAUGAACAGUCUGAAGAUGAUAUGGCACGUGAGAACGAAGGCUGGAAAUGUAGUCAAUGUGGGUUAACAGGUCGGUUCAAGUGGGGUUUAAAAGUUCAUAUGAGACGACAUACUGGAGAGAAACCUCACAUGUGCUCAGUUUGUGGUAAAAGCUUCUAUCUCAAGUCAGAUUUAACAACACAUACAAAACGACAACAUACUGGAAAGAAACAUUUUGUCUGUUCAAUUUGUGGCAAAAGCUUCUUUGACAAGUCCAGUUUAACAUCACAUACAAAGACACACACUGGAGAGAAACCUUUUGUCUGUUCAAUUUGUGGCAAAAGCUACUCUGCAAAGUCAAGUUUGAUAACGCACACAAGGUCACACACAGGAGAGAAGCCGUAUAACUGCUCAAUUUGUGGCAAAAGCUUCUCUAACAACACCGGUUUAAGCUCACACAGAAAAACACACACUGGAGAGAAACCUUUUGCUUGCUCAAUUUGUGGUAUAAGAUUCUCUAAGAAAGAACAUUUUGCAAGACACAAAGUAUCACACACAGGAGAAAAACCUUUUCCUUGUUUAGUUUGUGGUAAAAGAUUCACUCAGAAGGGAAACUUAAAAAUACACACAAGAAUACACACGGGUGAGAAACCUUUUACAUGCUCAGUUUGUGGCGAAAGUUUCACUGUAAAGUCGAGUUUAAUAUCUCACACAAGAACACACACUAAAGAGAAACCUUUUGUCUGCUCAGUUUGUGGCCAAAGAUUCUCUCAAAAGGGUCAGUUAGGAAAACAUGAAAAGACACACUGAGGGAAAAAGCUGUCGUCUCUGUGCUAA